AUGCUCCGCCCAACAUCCGCCCCUCACUCCCUGCCACACCACACUUCUCUCCCAAAUAUCAAUCACAAACGCCAUCCUCCAAACAAUUUCACAACCCUCCCAGAUUAUUCCCGCGGUCGCAGGGCAAAAAAGGACAGGGCUUCCUAUAUCACCCCUCCCCUCACACCCUCGUCGAGUAUCAACACAACGGGCAGUGUCGAAUCGUCUCCUGAUGCAGUCGACUCCGACUUUUUCAGCGACCCGGACACAGAAUCUACGAGAAUCAUCGUGCUAGGCAACUUAAAGGCAGAGGCAUCCAAAGACGCGGUUAAAGCAUCGGUCUUGAACGCUCUGCCCGAUGCCUUAACUCAUCAUAAAAACCUUGAUCUUGUGGACACCAGACUGCUCUCCUCUGACGGAGACGUUUUCGUUGUCUUUACUGAUAUCCGCCAUGCUCGAAUGGCGUUUAACACUUUUUCAGCCAUGGAAUCUCUCGGCGAUUGCUCAGAGUCUAAUUUGACUUGCCAAUACAUCACCCCCGAUGCCCUGACCCAGAAACUCGGCUAUUCCAUCUACAGUGAACUCACCGACGGCGCAUUUUAUCUGACUGCCUCAACCGUCCAUCCACAGUCCUUGCCUAACGGCUCGGCGACCAUCAACGUCCGCACUCUCAAAGGCCUGCUCGCGGCCGUCGGGGACCUUGCGUCCUUCACGUUUAUCCGCGACGAGCUCGAAAACAAGAAGACCUUCCACGUCUCUUUUUACGACGUAAUAGCAGCGGACAACGCUUACAGGGACCUCCACAACCAAGUAGCCUUCGGGAUGAAGCUUGCAGUCCACGGCCGUCAACUCGCGGAGCCCGUGGAAAACUCCCCGGAGACUAUCUACUCGUCCCGUCAAAACGGUUGCCAGUUUCCAAAUCCUCUGCCCUGCAACCCCUACGAUCCUCACCAGGCCCCGCAAUGGGAGAACGAGAUGAAGCAGCAAGUCUCGUCGUGUGCUACACCGGAUCAGAACUGCAACUACUGUCCUUCUCGUCGUCACAUCGUCGGCCAGCUCGCCUACCCCAUGCCUCCAACUCCUCCAACUCUUGCCAACUGCGGUCCUCCGAUUGCUUCGCCGCCCCCAAUGAUGCCUCACAUAAUGAUGUCCCCGCCGCCUGUUGCUCAGUCUCCGGUGGACUAUGCGUACCAACAGGUUUAUAAUUACCAGUGGCAAGUGGAACCCAAUAUGAUCACCAACCGAGCCAUGGCGCCACCCCAUCCACAUUCACCAAUGCUUCCCUUCACUCCUCCCCAAUUCUGGGUUCCGGACGAAUCCCGAGUCAUCCCACCUCCCAUGUAUGCCAUCCCACAUCAAACGGAGAAUGGAGCCGCCCCUCCUGGUACUCAUUACAUCGCACAUUUCCAAUCCCCACCGGCCAGUCCUCCAACGCACGACGUCUACGCUCCCAGCACCCACAGCUCCACCUCCCCCACCCUCCUCACUGACGCCUUGUCCCAACUCAGCCUUCAAUCAGCUCAACCAGGGCCGGCCGCUCCACCAGGUCUUACUGCCAGUUCCAUCCAAGUUGUCAACGGACUCCAGAUCUACCCGCCCGGCUCGGUCUCUGCGGCUGCGCAGUGCGAAAACGCUACGAAGAACCAACUGAAUAUCCAGAAGAUUGAAGAGGGCCAGGAUACAAGGACUACGGUCAUGAUCAAGAACAUCCCCAACAAAAUGAGCGACAAGGAUCUGAUCGCGUAUAUCGCCAAAGUGGUACCCCGGAGGAUCGACUUUUUGUAUCUCAGGAUGGAUUUCCAGAACGGUUGCAACGUCGGCUAUGCCUUUGUCAAUUUCAUCACCGUCGAGGACUUGCUAAAGUUUGCGAAAGCAAGACUGGGCGAGAAAUGGAAUAUGUUCUCGAGUGAGAAAGUUCUUCAGAUGAGCUACGCAAACUAUCAAGGCAAGGAGGCGCUCGUCGAGAAAUUCAAGAACUCGUGCAUCAUGGACGAACGGGAGUCAUGGCGACCCAAGAUUUUCUAUUCCUACGGGCCCAACCAAGGUCUUCCCGAGCCAUUUCCAGCGCCUACGCAUAUUCGAAGGAAAGAGAGGAGUUCGUUUAACCGAGGGGCACUGUUCGUACCUGGGGUGCAUCAUCGCCAUCAUCAUAAUCGCGGAGGCGCUGAGCAUCAUGGAGAGAGUAAUGGGAGGUUGCAUGGGAAUGGGUCGGGGAAUGGAAAUGGAACGCUGCUCGCGUCGCCCAUGUCGAGUAACAGCGAGUCUGAGGGGAGAGGUGGAGGGUUGUUCACGAGGAAGGGCUUGAAGAAGAGGCAAAUGGAGGUUAUGAUUGGCUUCAACCUGACGGCUCGGUCAAUUUCCGGGUUUAAUGCAUGGCUAUGGGUUUGUGAGAGGAUUGCAGUCAAUGCCCGAUAA